AAAUGGGUUAUCCGGGACCCGGAGAAAGCGGUGCUUUCCCUCCUCUGUGAGGCUGGGAACCAAGCGGGAACGGCGGAUUCCUGGGAGGCAGAUUAAUUUCCAGUAUUAUCCCCCGUCCGGCACCUCUUUUAAGAUUACCGAAUAUCUGAAUGAUAGCAAUCAAGUCAUGUCAGCAUUACGUGGAGCUGUUCAUGCAAGAUGGAUCAUAGGGAAAGUAAUUGGAACCAAAAUGCACCAAACAGCUAAAGUGAGAGUAACAAGGCUGGUACUGGACCCGUACUUAACAAAGUUCUACAAGAAGCGAAAAACAUACUUUGCUCAUGAUCCUCAGCAACAGUGCAUCGAGGGAGACAUUGUCCUUCUGAAAGCUUUGCCUGAACGAAGAACCAAGAAUGUGAAACAUGAGAUUGCUGAGAUUGUGUACAAGGUUGGGAAAGUAAUUGAUCCCAUUACGGGGAAACCGUGUGCAGGCCACAGGUUCCUAGAAAGUGUAGCAGACACAGAAAAUCUGACUGACAGAGAUACUUGCUUUCUUAGUGAAAAACUCCAAGAACUAACUGUUUCUUCUCCAGACAAAUGAAAGGUUGGAAAUAAUUUGGGACUUGAUUGUCUGUUUCAAGGAAAAGGUUUUAUUGAUGUAUGUAGGAAGCAUGAAUAAUAAACUGAAGUUAGUGUGUACAUGCAAUAAAAUGUUACUAUUUGUUUUUAAAGUAUUAUAUGUUCACUCCUGCCUGAAGGAACAUAAAGCAAUGUAUAAACUGAAUAUUUUAAACAGUUCCAGUAAAGCACUAGAAUUCAGUUACAACCGAUACAAUAAACAAGUAAACCAAAGCCCCAAAAGCAAACAAAAUGAUGAGGAAAUACUGCAUCUUAUUAGUGGAAAUAGUAACUUGUUUACUCUGAUGUUUCUCUGAACUGAAACUUACUUGCUUCCUGUAAAUAUGGGGAAUUCAACUUUGGAGAAGCCUAUUCAGUUUAGUUGUUUGGCUUUCUAUGAGUAAUGUUUUCUGGGGUUUACUAGUUUUUUAACCAUUUAUAAAUAAUGAGAAGAUCACUUAGUUAAAAAAAAAGUUUGGAUUUCCAUCAUCAGCAAUUUCCAUAUCAUACAGUAUGCCUGAUAGCUGGCCAAAACUUUCCUGGCCAGAAUUUCAUUUUCCUAAAUACUCUCCUACACAAUACACUGCUAAUAAAAGUAUACCUCUACUGUAAUAUUGUAUUGACAUAUACAAUCACCAUUUCUUGAAUCAGAUUUGGCUCUUGGGAUGACUACAUGGGAACACCUUUAUUU